UUUUGUGACGUUGCGUAUUGUUGUCAAAUCGUUUGUGAUAAGUUUCGAGUGAAGCGAUGAAUUGUAUUUAUUUUAUGUACGUAGUUUGGUUUUAAUUAAAAUAGUACACCAAUCUUGAUACUUCACUGGAUUAUAUCUAAGUUAAAUAAAAGGCUUUAAAAAAAUUCAUGAUACACCAACGAUGGACAGCCGUGCAGCAAAAUUAGCAUUAGCUCGAAAAAAGCUUAAAGAUCAUCAACAUAAAAAACAGGUGUCUCUUCCAAAUGAACAAGUUUCUGAAAAGACAGUAGAGAAUACCCAGUUUGAUUUAGGUUUGAGUCAAAAUGACGAAAAUGAAAUCAAAAUAAUUGAUUAUCAUGAUGAAAACAUGAAAGAAGAGAUCAAUGUAAAUAAUACACAUGAAAAUGUGGGAAUUACUAAAAAUCAAGGGGAUACAUUAGAUGUUAACAUGGCAGAGUUGCUUAUUUGUAACAAAAGGAAUCUAGAAGUGCAAGUUACCGAAUUAAAUUCUAAAUUAGCAGAGUUAGAUUUGAAACUUAAACAAGAAAUAUAUUAUCAUAAUGAUUGUAAACAAAAAAUAUGUCAUUUAGAAAGUGAACUCCAUGACCUUAAUGAAAAGUAUUUAUAUGUAACCAAUCAGAUGCAAUUGCAAAAUAAUAAAAUCCAAGAAUUGAACAUAACAAAGUCGUCAUUGCAAGAUGAAAAUGAUAAUUUAUUAGAGAAAUUAGAAUUUACAAAAACUGUUUUAACAGCAAAAGAAACAGAAAAUGCUUCCUUGCACAGUCAGUUGGAUCAAUUAAAUAGAGAACUGGAUGUAUCAAGACUGCAUGUGCAGCAGUUGUUGAACGGAGCUAAUACCUAUACAUCUACAAAUAAUGGUGAUCUUGGGUCUACUCGAAAUGAAGAACUGUUACAGAAAAUUGAUUAUUUAGAACAGCAAUUGAAGACAGUUCAAAAAGAAAGAGAUCAAAUCAACAUUCAUUAUGAGCAGUAUGUAUGUGAGCUAAAUGGACAAUUGAAAUUGAUGACUUUACAAAAUGAAGACCUUUCAAAACAAAUAAACCAAUUGUCAAACAGAGAAAACAGUUUAGUCGAUCAGAUAAGUGAAAUGGAAAUACGGAUACAAAACCUGCAAGUGAAAAGUUUGGAGGAUAAGGGACAACCACAUGACAAAAGUAUAGAUGUAAAUGCAAUACAAGAACACAACAUAAUACAAAAACAAUUAGAAGAAAUGACAAUGAAAUAUGAGCAAUUGGUGAAAGCGUAUACAGAGAGUGAAAGGAAAGUUCAAGAGUUACAAGAAACAAUUAAAACCGCCUGUAAUCAUGAGAAUAUUAGUGUUACGAAAUUAACUGCCGAUAUUACUAGUGAUAAAAUAGCUGCACAAAGGGCUACUGAGCAAAACAUAAAAUUGAAAACGAGCAUGCAAGAGUUAGAAGAAGCUUUUGUAAAAAUGAGUCAAGAUAAAUUACAUCUCACAGAAAAAAUUACAGCAGAAAAAUUCUUGAACAGAGAAUUAACAAUUAAACUAGCUGAAUGUGAAGAUAAAUGUAAAGAUAUGCAUAUAAAAUUAAUGGCUAAAGAUGAAGAAAUGAUGAGAUUACUAAAUAAUUUCCGAGAUUUAGAAACACAAUACAAAGACCUUGUUAAAGAUGUCAAAAAUAAUACAGAAAGCACCACAAACAAUGAGAGUGAUCAAAGAACCAACGAAAUUGAUAUCCAAAACAAUGUAAAAGAAGAGGAAAACUUGAUGUUGCCAGAUGAAAAAAAUAUUGUUAAUAAUAGUGUGCAUGUUCACGAUUCAUGUGAUCUUCCCAAUGAAAUAACCAAAUCUAACAUUCCUAAAGAAGAUGCCAUGAUAAAACUUCAGGAUCGAUUCUUGAAAAUUAUGUCUGAAGUUGCAGAUUUAGCUGAUGAAAAACAUAGAUUAGAACACAUCAUUCUUCAAUUGCAAAAUGAAACUGACACCAUAUGUGAAUAUGUGGCAUUAUAUCAACAGCAAAGAAUUUUAUUAAAAAAACGCGAUGAUGAACGAAGUGCACAAGUAAAAUUGUUCCAAAUUGAAUGUGACAGACUAAAGAGACAAUUAGAAGAGUUAAGUGGUAUAUUAAUAAGAUUUGCUGAAGAUGAAGAACUAGCCAUGUAUUUCCAAGUGAAAUCAAGAAAAAAAGAUAUGGAGAAGGUUAGAAGUUUACUAUUUAAUCUUAAAAGUAACUCUUUGGUUGACCCUAAAAGAAACGACUUGGAGUUAAGUAAUGUAUAUCCUUGUAAUUGUUGUUCAGGAAAACUUAUUGAAGUAUAACAUUGUUCCUUUUUUGUACAGAUAUAUAAUUAUGUUAUCUAAUAGUAUUGAAAUUAUAACCUUAUUAAAUAGUAGGAAAUUACUAAAUAUUUGUAUCAUUGAUUAUUCUACGCAAUAAAGUCUUACUUUUUAUGA